AUGGGCGUCAGGACGAAAGGUUCUGAUGGGGCCGUUGGCGUGACUGGCAGUCUUCGAAGAAGCAAGAAAGCUCUAAGAAGCGUCGGAGAGGCCAUGGGUGUUAUGGUGAAGAUUGGUAAGGUUCGGUCAGACUGGAUAAGCACGUUUAUUACUCUUAUCAAGAUCUUAGAAGUACUUCUGCUAUACCGAUUUGGGUUUGUGAGACUCUUCUGGAUGACCGGCGUGCCAUGGAUAUAUUUCUUCCUCGCUGCCUCUAUGCUCCAGCUUUAUGGGCGUGGAAGGGCAUAUACUACCUCUGACAGCAGCUCAUGUUUUGACAUCCUUGCUGGAAAACUUCCCACGCCGCUUGUUGUCGGAGAAGAGCGGAAAAUUCCGUUCGAUGUUCCUCUGAAUGCGAGGACAAGUCAUCUAUGGCAAGCUACUUGGGUCGGUGGAGCCAUUAUUUGCGCUACCUCCCUUAUUGUAACCUAUGUACUUGUUGCAAAAGAGGAUUCAGUAUCUUUUCUGGUCUGGCUAUGCUUCCAAAUUUUCUGGCUUGUUCUGCGUUCCAUAUUCUUCCAUUUUUGGCAGGAAACGGAUAAUACCAACCACGUCGUGACGCCCUCUCCUACCAACGAUCGACGACCCAUACAGCUGAAUUUUCGCUUAUUCGCUUUAUCCGUCGCCUUAUCCAAGUACCAGGUGCUUGAUUAUCCUCGCGGUGCAUACUCUUACGGCGAAGAUGUGCAAGAUCCUGCCAAAAUCCAAGAUCUACUGAUUCAGACAGACCGACGGUUUUGUGACGUCCUGAAAAUCCCAGGACCGGUUGUGAUUGGCAAUACCGUUGAAGUUGAAAUCACUGCUGUCAUUGGUGAUACGUUACUUUCAAGUGUUUCUUGGAUUAUGGGGGCCACCAUGACGGGAAUGGACUUAUACGAUUCUUGUAUCUUAGCCAUUAACACCACCAGUGGGCCUAUUCUAGUGCCAGCGGCUCGCGUUCUAGCCGGAAACAUACCCGGUGAGUCGCAAGGAAAUCCAGAGUCCACUUUGUCAAGCUAUUUUCUUCCGAAAGGAUCCUCAAAUACCGGAACUGGCUUGAGCUGGGUGUAUUGGAUUCCAUGUCAAAACCACUCCUGGUUCACUUUCAGCACACCCUGGACUACGGCUCUCGGGCAGAAUAUGCCUGUUGUUGGCAAAAGAAAAGGCACUAUAGUGACAGCGUCGGAUAUAACGUCUGCCUUGUCUUCGGGGGAGUUGUUGGUCAGCCUCACCAGUGUAGCAGCGGUUAAAGAUGUCGUGAGAAGGUCGCGAAUAGCCGCAAAUCUUCUUAUUGAGAUGCUCACAACAACUGGCUAA